AUGCGGCUGCUUCCUUUGCUUGCGCUUCUCGCGUAUCUUGUGCCGUGUCUGUUCGUGUUUGCGACACGGAUACCUCACAGUGAGGGCAAUAAGUAUGGGAGCAUCGCCAUAAUAGAAGCUAGAGCAACAGGCCAAGUGACUACAACAACAGCAGAUGCAACCACUGGGACAACAGCGAGCGCAACUGGCCAUGCGACGGCCACAGCCAAUUCCACCUCGGCGUCGAAUACAACCACCUCGGCCACUACGGCUACAGCGACUCUGGCUACUCCGGUCCCAACUGGUAAUGAAACGACUCCGAUCGCACCUGGUGCGCUCCCUUUGCAACCUACGAUAACACCUGCGUUGGGAAUCGGUGGCUUCAUUCUAAUCGCCGCCGGCGCAGUCCUUGCAAUAAUAGGAAUACGGAAUCUAUGGAUCCAAGUCUUCUUAUCAACCGCUUUCUUAGCUGGUAUUGGAGUAACUGUUCUCAUCGUCUACGUCAUGAAUCCCCCAGUGCGUGUCGCAGUUCAGGGUGCCUACCUCGUCGCCAUUUUCUUCACAGGAGUGACUUUUGGAGCACUAUCGCUUGUUUUUAAGGAAUUAACAGAGGGGCUUGGCUGUCUUCUAGGCGGAUUCUGCUGCAGCAUGUGGCUUCUCUCCCUUAAGUCAGGCGGCCUUCUCACACAAACGGAUGCCAAAAGCGGGUUCAUCGGCGCUAUCUCAGUCGCAUUCUAUGCUCUGUCAUUCAGUCACUACACCCGACCCUAUGGACUAAUGGCAUCGACUGGUAUUUCUGGAGGUACUGCCGUUGCAUUAGGAAUCGACUGCUUUAGUCGCGCUGGUUGGAAGGAGUUCUGGCUGUAUAUUUGGGCUCUGAAUGACGACAUUUUUCCUUUGGGCACAAGUACCUACCCUGUGACUCGUAACAUUAAAGUUGAGCUUGCCGCCACAGUCAUUAUUGCCGUCCUAGGUGUGAUCUCACAACUCAGGCUAUGGAAAGUAAUCCGGGAAAGAAGGCAGAAAGAGAAUGAGGUUCGCGAGAAGGAGCAGAAAGAAAAAGAGGAAGCCGAGCUCGAGAUCGGGCGGAGGUUCGAAGAAAAGAAUAUGGAAGAUCGUUUAGAAUGGGAAGCCAGACAUGGCAAUCCCGACUCCGGCAUUCCAGAGCUUGCAGACAACUCAAAGAGCGAAUGUCCUGCAGAUCACGCAGUAGAUGUGGAGAAAGGCGGUACAGUUGACACGUCAACUGUUGCAAGCUCUUCACAGGAGUCCUAUCGGUGCUCUGAUUGCUUAGGGAGGCGAACGAAUGGCGAAUCUGCUUAUGCUGCUUCAUGCAUGAGUGGGUACACUGGAGAUUCUCAGAGUCGACAGCUAGAAGAUACCACGGUGGGAGUCGAGACAGAAGACCAAGAUGACUCCUCUCCCGACAGGGAAAAGUCCCCGCUGAAAGUGUUUGAUGGGGCAGCUGCAGCCAAGAUCAAAGAUGACAAUAGCUCUGAUAUGACAGCUAUCGUUGGCUCCGAAGCAGGAACAAUACGAUCCAAGCGGCUUUCCGGGAGAGACCUAUUGGACAGGGUGUCUGCGAAAAAUAGCGCAAGGCUUAUGUCUCAGUCUCAAGAAGCGCUGGUCUCCUGCGAUGGUUCAUCCGUGCAAGACACCGUAGACAGAAGCUCUGCCGCCGCCUCUGAUAGUCACAGUAAUGUGGUGGGAAAUAAUGUGGGGGAAGAAGAUGGGCUUACAUCUAAUCCGGAAGAUGCUCCAAUUCCCUCUGCUAUACAGGAAGCUAAUGGUAAGGAGACACCCGGUCCUGAGAAAGAAGUUGAAAAAAGUAUCGGGGAGCCUAGCGUCUAUUCUCGAGGGGUAGACGAGCAAAAGUUCGGUGGAGUGGAGCAAGAGGGGGACAAACAAGAGAUGAAAGAGUGUAUCCCAACAAAAGAAAACCCUAGUGAGCGCCGCCCGUCACUAUUAUCGGCCCAGGAGAAAGACCUACCCGAGCCAAAACUUGACAAGCAGUCGACAGAAAUGCUUCAAAAAACUGAGAUAACAGCCGAGACAACAGGGCCCGCAGACCAGAACGAUGACAAGUCACAGGUCAUUGGGCCCAAUGUGAAUGGCUCGGUGACAAAAGAUCAAGAUGAGAAGCCAGUCGAAGCCAGCCAAUCAAGGGAGUCUUCGCCCAAAGAAUCCCCUCCAAAUACUAAGAAUUCUGCCCCUGUCAAGCAGAGAUCUUCGAAGUCCGGAUCUGAAACCAAGACCAGGCUUACAAAAGAAGCACCACCCCGAUUGGAUACAGAAACUGUAAAACGACUUCCACAACGAACAUCAAGGGUAAUACAGUCCUAUCGAACGAACGAGUGGGCUAAGCAUUUGGACGAUGCGGAAGUUCCCGAACCUGAACCGAUCGAGCCAGUCGAAGAGGACGACCCCGAAAUCCCUGAUGAAGUUAAAGAGGCCGCUGCACCUGUCAAAGUAGAAGAGCUACUGCAAACACCUUUGAAUGCGCAGCCACCGCCUGUCGUCGAGAGGCGUGUCUCUAUCGCUGAGCCACCGGUUACAAAGGAAAAUAGCCAGAUGCUCAACGACCCUCAGUUGCAGUUCAGCUCUCGAGCGCAUAAGAGAGCAGUUUCCGGGUCAACUGUCUACUCGGAAACCGAACUUACUCAUGCUGCGCAUCCAGGAAUCCAAGGCCAACCAGUCCAGGGAGUUCCUGAUGCUGCCAAUACCUACGACGCGGUAUCUCCUACAGUCGACCCAGGGCAACCACCACAUGGGGAGGCCGAGGUGGCUAGACCCCAGUGGAAAGGGCCACCCCCUCUCAUUGCAGUGCGCGAGGGCAUGGUGCGAAACAGGCUGUCAUCUGUCUCGCUCAGUGCUGACCCCUGGCCCUCAAGGUUCGUCCAGGGAGCCGAGGUUUCGCCCCGACAAUCAACUUUCCCCAUCCCCGAAGAAGCAGACGACAUGCCUCUCUCCCGACGUCGCACACUGCUGCAUCAGCAGAUGGCUGUGCAGUCUAAUGUAAGCCAAACUCCCGUGAGAAGGAGUGCAUCAACCCCACUCAACACGCCAAGCUUAUUGCCGGCACGGCGGGAAGCUGUACGAGAAAAUGUAUAUGACAGGCGAAGUCUCCCAGCCCAGAAGCCUCCAAUUACCAGUCAAGGGACUGUUGCGCGGAAUCCAACCUCUUCCAAGAAGCUGCGGGGAAGAGCCUCGUCAGCCAAGUUUGAGAACGCGAUUGCGGAAGGCAUGCAGCGAGGAGACAUGACAGACUUGCAUCGCGAAGCCUUGCGACGGAUGCAAGCUAUGGCCAAUCGAAAACGUCCCGCCUCUGUCGCUCAUCGAUUUGUUGCUGCUUUUCUUCUCUCAGCAAUCUUCACCACGACGGCCCUUCCUGUCACCGUGUCUCCUCCUCCUUCUCGUCUCUCAUAUAUUCUCGACUCGUCGCCCGUGUCGGAAACGGCGUCUUUCGCGGCCCCUCGGGAUCCUCCUCUUAUAUCCCCGCCCGAGGCCGAAGAGUCUUCCCUGCCCCCGCGUGGCUAUCGAAGCCCGCGCCGUUCGUGGGAGUCCCACCAGCGUGCAUCGUCAUCGGCCUAUCACUCCAAGCCAACGAGCUCCUCCCGAUCCAUACCGCGACACAAGGGUUUCUGGACUCCCUCCACCAUCUUACGGCCUCCCUCAGUUCGACUCGCGAACCCCGUCAACUACGUCCCGCGAAUUACGCCGGUCACCGUCCCCCAUCCCUUCCAGAGCUCCGAAGAGAAUCUCUGUCUCGAGGCGCACCGCGACGCAUACCCUCUCCUGUCGAUUCCCGAGCAACGUCGCAGCCGACUCAGCCCAUCCCCGAAUAGUCUAGUGGUGGAGCGCAGCCAGGGGGAGACCGAAAGUGGGCGCUCCAGCAUCGCAGUGCCUCGAGCGCAAAGGCGCAGUGGUACCUUCAACGAAGAUUGGCCGUUACAGGAAAUGCCAGAAUCAGCUGGAAAUCAUGGGAGUCCGGAGGCACAUAGUAUUCGUCCACCCGACCGGGCACAUCUGACCCUAGACCCCGUCGUCGACCGAUCGAAUCCCCUCGAUGAGCGCCCCCGACAUAUACAAUCACAGGCUUCUCUACGGUCGCAAGCACAGAUCGCUUCGAUACCGUCGCAUACGGGGCAACACCCCGGUGGCGAAGCCGACGUGGCGGAGGAGUUAGCCUGGGGACCAGCCCACCCGUGUUACCCUCAUAUCAACCCGCAUGUAUCAGUGAGGUCCCAGGAGUAUCAUACGACACGCAUUAUUCGUAUUCGUCGAGACUGGAUGGUUAGGGGAGAUUUGGCCCCGACGUUUUCCAACUUGUACCCGGAGAUUCUCGAUCCGUUACUGCCUGAGCAGGAGUUCCGCAGGAUUAUUGCUACGGUCAAUGACAAGCUUGUAAAAGCAUUUGAUCCAUUCAGCCUUCGGAACUGGAUAGAUGGAGCGCUGGCGUUGUUGACCGGCUGGAUCUGGGAGGAUAUAGGGGCCACGGGAGUCAAAAGCCAGCUCAAGCAGAUAGAAGACUGGGUGGAGAAUUGGAACCGUGAGGUCGGCGCAAAGGAUGGGGUAUAUAUCUGGAGUCUUCGACGGACGGCUUACAUGUCGUUGGACAUACAGAUUCCUGACCCCAAGGUUGGCAUCAUUCCCAGUGAGCGUGGGCCAUCACUGCCCGGGACUCGACCAAGCAGUGGUGUAUAG